AUGGAGUCUCCUAAGCUGCCACCUGAACCCAACUCAUGGCCUACACCCACCAAGCCUGCCACGCUCGAAACGUGCCAGAUCGCCACCCACCGUUGCCCAGCUUGUAACAAGGCCUUCGUUUCCGUGGCUGCGGUGCGCGGUCACCAUUGCCGUGCCGGGAGCAAGAGCCAGAAUUCGUGUCCAAUUUGCGGGAAAGAGUUCAAAUUCCCUUACUACCUAGCGCGCCACCGUCUGACCCACGGCAGGCAAAAACCCUUCCGGUGCAAACUGUGUCAUAAAACCUUUAGCCGUUCGGCACACCUGACCCGCCACAAAUGCCCCCAAGCCGCCAAACAUUCUCCAGGUGGCUCCGGUGGCUCCCAGCCCAUACAAGAGCCAGGGAAAUGUCUCCCGCAGCAGGAACUGCAUGAGAAGAAGGUGGUGGCCACACGGGCCGGUGUUAACAAUGGAGUGACGUCCCCCUCUGCCACCCCGAAUCAAAAGCGGGUGCUCCUGCAAGAGGACUGGACUUUGCUCUGCCUCUCUUGCAAUGAAGCUUUUGAGACUAAGGGCGAGUUGAAGGCCCACACGUGUUUCAAAGAGGCGGCAAGCCGCGACGACACAGACGAGCCGGAGGGGCCCAAGCAGCACCAGUGUGGCGUCUGCCACAAGAACUUUGCUCGACCAUGGUCGCUGUCGCGGCACUACGUGGUCCACACCGGCGAAAAGCCCUUCUCUUGCCCCGAGUGCGGAAUGUCCUUCCGCCUCGCCUCCUACCUCAGGCAGCACAGCCGGCUGCACACGGCCGGCGGAGACUGUCCUCUGCUCGGCCCGGCGACUGACGCCCAGGAAGCGGAAGCGGCGCCCCCCGCCUCUGCUUCCUCUCCCCCGGGGCCGCCCCCCAAGAAGGCCUAUGAAUGCAGCGUCUGCCGCAAGCCCUUCAAGAGCAAAUAUGACCUGGCCACCCACUUCCUCAUCCACACGGGCGCCCUGCCUUUCCAGUGCGGCCGCUGCGGGAAGCGCUUCCGCCGCCUUUCCCACCUCAAGCAGCACGACGUGACCCACACGGCCGCCCGCCCCUUCCAGUGCGUCAUGUGCCAGAAGGAGUUCAAGCGCCUGGCUGACCUCGCUCGCCACCGGCAGGUCCAUGAAGGGGAGAAGCCACACCAGUGCGGCGUCUGCCACAAGUUCUUCUCCCGCUCCUACAGCCUCCUGAGGCACCAGCGGAGCCACCUGCCAGAAACAGCCGCCACCACCCCACCUGGCGACUACCUCAGCGGCUCCUGCUUCGACAGUCAGGAUCACUCGGCCUUCCUGGCCCACCAGGAGGGGGAGGAUGGACAUGAGGGGGAGGAAGGGGUGGGGAGCCCCACGGAGGUGUCAUGUAGCUUGUGA